AAUCGAUAUUCGCUGCCAUUCGUUUUUGUGCCGGUGGAGAACGAUGGAGAUAUUUUCAAAGGAACGAAAGAGCAGAUUUUGUCAUCCGGCAGCUUUUUGCAAAUCCCUUGGCUGGCUGGUAAUGCGAGGGACGAGGGAUCAUUAAUCGUCGGAGAUUCUCUCUCCAGUCAAAGUGCCAUGGAUUAUUUGAGCCUAAAUUGGCAGGAUCUGUGCCCUGGGGUCAUGGAUUUGAGUGGAAUUACCGACUCCGCAGAAGUGACGAGACUUUGCGAAGAAAUCGCUUUCCAUUACAUGGGGAAUGAGCAGAUAUCGUUCGACAAUUACUACAAUUACUUGCAGGUUUCCGAACUC